CGCUACGCGGGCCCUCGAUGCACGUGAUACUUGACACGAUCGUAUCGGCCGCGCUCAACGCUGCCAACGCCAGCUCAAAUUUCGACCGACGACUGGACACUCUACUGGUCCCUUUCGGGCGACGCCUGCGCGCUAGGGAGUUGCUCUGAAGGCCCGGGAAGCAGACCGCAUUGUUGUGCUGCACAGGUGCAUACGCGAUUGCGUGGUUUCGAGAUGACUCCGCCCGACCCAGUGGUCCCAACCACUACUAUCUCUCCAGGCGAUCUACAUCACGGUACGCAUGCCUUGCACAUCUUCCCGCAAGAACUGUGGGACAAAAUCCUCGACUCGUACAGCGAUGAUAAACGCACACUCAGGGCCUGCGUUGCGACAUGCAGAACCUGGCGUCCGACAUCUCGGAAAUUUCUCUGGAGGUCGCUGUCUGUGCACAAGAGCCGGACGUACCCUGCACUACUAUCCCUCCUUAUUUCCACCCCAGAUCUCGCCCAGCUCAUCCGUGAGCUCGAUAUAGGCGUUCAGGGCCUUAAGAUCGCACGCCUCGCCAUCUUGGUAAAUCUGCAACGGCUCAAGCUCACUGUGACGUUUUCGAUGGAUCAAGGAGACCAGGCCGACAAAAGGGGCGACCCUACUCCAGACUGGGGCGUCAGGCUGCCUUCGGUCACUGCACUGGAUCUCAAGGCUGAACGGCCAGACUUGUCGUUGUCGUAUACAGACAGCUUGCUGUUCUGUUUUCCAAACAUAUCCGACCUCACCAUCGAUUCAUACUCCUACAUCUUGCGCAAACCGCAUCGCGACAUGACUGCGCCGUUGCUGCGUCUGCGCAAGCUGGUGAUCAAUGACCCAUCGUUCAACAAACAACUACCGUCGAUACUCCACUCCGCGGUUUCCCUAGAGCACCUGGAGCUCUCCACUGUGCUAGCGAAACGUGACAAGUGGGAUUUUGCCGAUCGGGAUCGUGUGGACAGCUGGAGGAUGUCGGAGAUUUUCGACCUAUCACGGAAUCCCUGCCUUUCCUCGCUACACCUGCGGUUCACAUACGACGAACGCGACCAGUGGGGAGACCCAUGGGCUCAUGCGCUGAGACAAGUGUCCGCCUUCCACGCUUCCCUGAACCACGUCAUGUUACACAUCGGCCCGAGUCUGGGCUUAGUGGCUAACUUGGCUCGUCCUGGUUUUCCGCGUCAACGGGUUCCGUGAACCCUUCAAGUCGGUACGACGUACUUUCGCCAGUGCCCUCGCUUCGCCCAAUCCCGUCGCUCAUUCCGAACGCCUGCGAAUCCAGUUUUCAGAGUGGACCAGUGGAGAUCAGCCCGUCGCCCUCGAAUCAGCGGAAUCAUUGCCGCUCCUCGACGCUUGAUACGUCUUCGCUC